AUGCCGAGCCGGAGGAGGUGGUGGCUAUGGCUUUGGACCUUUGCGAGAGGUGACACGAGUACGCUGACGCUGGGCGUCCACGUGAAGGUUGAUGGUCUGGCAUCACGACCUGAGCUCAACGGACGUGUCGGCACGAUCGUGACCUCCGUGCAAGACAGUGGCCGCUAUGGUGUGGCCAUCGGUGGUGAGGUGGUCGCUUUGAAGCCAGAGCGACUUAAGCGCAUGGCGGCUCCCGUGAGCGGCACCUCUGGCUGGCGUGCAGAAGACUCUUUCUUCUUUUCGGAGGUUGCGCGCGUCGUCCCUGAGGUCGAUGGUACGUUCAAGUCGGCGCUUUCCGAGGCACCAACAGGUCUGACACUCACAGGCGCAACGGCGAAGGCGCGCAGCAUCGCGACCUACCUCGCGGAGACCAAUCCCGAUGGCCAGCCUGAGGACGCCGAGGCGGUGGUGCGCUUCUCGGUGUGUGGAUGUACGGAAAUGGACGUACACGUGACGGGCGGCGGGCUGUCGUCGGCCUCGGUGGUCGAGCUCCAAUCGCUCAACCCGCAAGGCAGUGAUGUGGUCGUCGCCCUCUCCACCCUCGAUGGCAAGCUCACCAAGCAAGUCUGGAGCGAUGGGCGAGCAGUAGGAAAGCCAAGCAGCAUGCCGUGGUAUCAGCUCAAGCAGCCCACGCCGGAGGCGACGAAGACGAUUCGAGGCGUCGAAGUGGUCUCCCGAUACGGCCCGGGCAGCGCGGCGAGCUGGCGUGGUGUCUAUGUCAUGUGCACACUUCAGCGACGUGGGACGGUGAUCCGUAUGAGCGGUGCCUCCGCCGCCACCGCCUCCGCCACCGCCGAUGCCACCGCGCUCGCUCCUGUGCGCCAGCAGCAAUGGGAGCGGAAGAUGAGUGCCGCGGCGGAGAGGGGAGACGUCGCGAUGGUGCGCGAUGCGAUCGCGCACGGCGCGUGGCCCGAUGCGCCUGGAAGCCAGGGCCUCACGCCUCUGCACCUCGCGUGUUUCAAGGAUCGGUCGCACCCAGUCGUGGCGAAGUUCCUCGUGGGAGAGACUACGUGCGACAUGCGGCUGCGGGACGAGGAGGGCUACACCCCUCUUGACCUCGUUGUAGAGGAGGGCGACGCCGCGCUUGCCCGCGUGCUGCUCGAGACGCCUCGGCCUGCCGGUGCCCCUCCGUUUGACGUGGACGCACCCAUGGAAGAUGGUACGACGCCGCUGUCCAGAGCGAUCGAGAACGGCGCGGCGGACUGCCCGAUGGUGGCGGUCCUCCGCCGCGCUGGGGCCAAAGCGAGCGCUCCGCUGGUAUUUGCGGGCCCGCUCUACGACGCCCGGCUGGCGGGAGAGCACCGAUGGACGGCCACGCCGUGCCGCUUCGGCUCCACGACGCACCGGCCGUCCGACUAUCCACCAGGCUUCCUGGGAAUGCUCCACCGCGUCUCCGACCAGCACUACUCGAUGCUCGCGCUCGUCUUGGAUGGGCGCGCACCGCAGUACCAAGACGAGGCCGCUCCACGGGAGGUCAAGUGGCUGCGGCACUGGCUGCCACCGCGCCACUGGUGGCAGUACACAGGGGACACGACCAUCGUUGACACCGUCCACAUGGACCUUCAGGACCCGCGGAACGGAGCCAAUUUGCUCCAACGGCACGAGCUGAUGAGCGCGUGCCGCAACGGCGUGCGAGCCCUCUUCCUCCACUGCACCUCCUGCCUCACCUCCGCCGAUCUCGUCGAGUGCCUUCGACGCUGCGGCGCCUCUCUGACGUGCGUCGCCUUCUCGGAGUGCGCGGUCGAUGGCAGCGUGCUGCGUGCACUCACAGAGCACUGCCCCAACCUGCGCGCCCUCCGGAUGCACUUUUGCUCCGGCGAGGCGAGUGCGGACGAACUGAAGGCUCUGCUGCGUGCGUUGGCCACCUCGCUCCUCUGGCUCGACAUGACGGCGCCGUGGGCCCCGAGGCAUGGCAUCAGUGGCCACGGGCCUCGCGUGGACGAUGGCAGACAGAACGCACCGUGGGAAGAGCUCGAACGCUGCGCGACACUCCGUGUGGCCCUCCUGCCGGAGGGAGUGUCUGUGGCGGCCCUCUCGGGACUCGCCUCUUGCCAGCAGUUGGAGCUGCUUCACGUCGAGGCCGACGGCCGCUCGCCACAACCGCUCUCGGUCCUCGAGCCGCUCGCACGCACAGGCGGCUUCGCGCGCCUCGACAUCGCUGGCUUUGCGCUCGACGAGGCGGCGAGCGACGCCGUGUGCGCGCUGGCCAAUCGACUCACGAUCCGGGGUGGACAGCCAUUCCCGCGCGUACGGCUCGCCGCGUGCACGCGGCUGAGCGAGCUCUCGAUCCGUCGAUCAGUGGUGGAGGACGACUUGUUGGCCCUCCUCCCACUGAAAGGCACGCUUCGCUCAGUGCAUCUGAGUCCGGAUGAGCCGCUUGACCCAGAGGCGCUCAGUGUGUUCAGCUGCCUCACGGGGCUGCGGGCUCUCAACCUCUCCGGCUGCCUACGUAAUGCCUAUGAAUACGGCGAGGAGGUGGUUGAGGCCAAUGGCGAUCAUUUGGGCCAAUUGAGGCUCUCCCAGCUGCGCCAGCUCGACCUCUCUUCUCAUUACGACGCCUUCUACGCCUGCAUCGACCCCGAGACCAUUGUUCAGCUCUUCUGCUGUUCUGAACAUCUGCGCAUCUUCAACCUCUCCGACAAUGGCCGCAAGUACCCUUGGGAGCGCCUGCGCCGCGAGAUGCGUCGCCUUGCCAAGGACAGCGAAGACGCUCGCAUCGUUGUCCACACGGGCGAUGGCGUGACCGAGGUGCUUGAAGGCCGGGACGGCGAAGGCGACGAGAGCGACGACGAAGAGGAUCAGGAAUGCUCGGGGAGUGAUGACAGUUGGUGA